AUGACAAGCAGGAGCUGGAGCAGCCGCUCGCGGUGGAGGCGAUACAAGGAGAACUUGGAUGCGUUCGUCAAGGCCGAGAAGGCGGAGGUUGAGCGGAGACUUGCGACGGAUUCCGUCGUUGGGGUCCUCGUGGGAAAGGGGCGUCACUUGCAGGAGGAGGAGAUGAGCGGCUUCCUGCAGCAGAAUGUGAUUGCCAAGAUCGACGACAUGGAGAAGGCUCCGGAGACUGACGUGGAGAAGGACCAUGGGCCGAACACCGUGGAUGACCAGAAGGAGAAGCUCUUAGCGCUUGUAGAGCUUGGCCUGGAGCUGAUGCAGAAUGGCGCUAGGGACGACAAGAUCAAAUGGAAGAACGAGGCCAUCUCUUUCCUCGAUUGCGGCUAG